AUGAGUCAAGUUAAUACAAGUCAAAGGCCGGUGGCUCAGGGCCGUCAAAGAAGAUUGUCGUCAUUAAGCGAAUUUAACGAUCCAUUUUCGAAUGCUGAAGUCUACUAUGGUCCUCCAACGGAUCCAAGAAAGCAAAAGCAAGCGAAGUCUAUCAAGAUUAAUCGUACAAGGACAAUGAGCGUUUUCGAUAAUGUAUCCCCCUUCAAGAAAACUGGAUUUGGUAAGCUUCAACAAACCAGACGUGGUUCUGAAGAUGACACUUAUUCAAGUAGUCAAGGUAACCGUCGUUUCUUCAUCGAGGAUGUCGAUAAGACACUUAAUGAACUAUUGGCUACUGAGGAUACUGAUAAAAACUAUCAGAUCACCAUCGAGGAUACCGGUCCAAAAGUCUUGAAAGUCGGUACCGCAAAUUCUUAUGGUUAUAAACACAUUAAUAUUAGGGGUACAUAUAUGUUAUCUAAUCUGUUGCAAGAGUUGACGAUUGCCAAAAGUUUCGGUAGACACCAAAUCUUCUUAGAUGAAGCUCGCAUAAACGAAAAUCCUGUCAACAGGUUAUCAAGAUUGAUAAACACUCAGUUCUGGAAUUCUCUAACCAGAAGAGUUGAUUUGAACAACGUGGGUGAAAUUGCAAAGGAUACCAAAAUAGAUACGCCCGGAGCGAAAAAUCCAAGAAUUUACGUUCCUUAUGAUUGUCCAGACCAAUACGAAUUUUAUGUUCAGGCUUCUCAAAUGCAUCCAUCCUUGAAGUUAGAAGUUGAAUAUUUACCAAAAGAGAUUACCGCAUCAUACGUAAAAUCUGUCAAUGAUACCCCCGGUUUACUCGCAUUAGCCAUGGAAGAGCAUUUUAAUCCUUCUACUGGUGAAAAAACCCUCAUUGGUUACCCUUACGCUGUUCCUGGUGGUAGGUUCAAUGAAUUGUACGGUUGGGAUUCCUAUAUGAUGACAUUAGGACUCCUGGAAGCCAAUAAGACCGAUGUAGCAAGAGGUAUGGUGGAGCAUUUUAUAUUCGAAAUAAAUCACUAUGGAAAAAUUUUGAAUGCCAACAGAAGUUAUUAUCUAUGCAGAUCACAACCUCCAUUCUUAACUGAAAUGGCCCUAGUUGUCUUCAAAAAACUUGGUGGUAAGAGUAAUCCCGACGCUGUCGAUUUAUUGAAAAGAGCUUUUAAGGCCUCCAUAAAAGAGUACAAAACAGUCUGGGCCGCAUCUCCAAGACUUGAUCCAGAAACGGGUUUAUCCAGGUAUCAUCCUAAUGGCCUCGGUAUUCCUCCAGAAACAGAAAGUGAUCAUUUUGAUACCGUUUUAUUACCUUAUGCAUCAAAACACAGCGUUACUUUGGAUGAGUUCAAGCAACUCUAUAAUGAUGGUAAGAUAAAGGAACCUACAUUGGACGAGUUUUUCCUACAUGAUCGUGGCGUUAGAGAAUCCGGUCAUGACACCACAUAUAGAUUUGAAGGUGUGUGUGCCUAUCUGGCCACUAUUGAUCUUAACUCCCUUCUUUACAAAUAUGAAAUCGAUAUUGCAAACUUCAUAAAGGAAUUCUGCGACGAUAAAUAUCAAGAUCCUUUCGAUCAAUCUAUAACAGCAUCAGAUACAUGGAAAGAGAUGGCCAAAACAAGGCAGGAAAAGAUUACAAAAUAUAUGUGGGAUGACGAAUCGGGCUUUUUUUUCGACUACAAUACGAAAAUCAAACAUAAAACCUCAUAUGAAUCGGCGACUACGUUUUGGGCAUUAUGGGCCGGUCUUGCUACGAAGGAACAGGCACAAAAAAUGGUGGAAAAGGCUCUACCUAAAUUGGAAAUGCUUGGAGGUCUGGCAGCAUGUACAGAGCGUUCUAGAGGUCCAAUUUCCAUUUCGAGACCAAUUAGACAGUGGGACUAUCCCUUUGGUUGGGCACCUCAUCAAAUUCUUGCUUGGGAAGGUCUUCGCUCUUAUGGAUAUCUGACUGUGACGAACAGGCUAGCAUAUAGGUGGCUUUUUAUGAUGACAAAGGCAUUUGUUGAUUACAAUGGUAUUGUGGUUGAAAAAUAUGAUGUCACAAGAGGGACAGAUCCCCAUCGUGUUGACGCAGAAUACGGUAACCAAGGUGCUGACUUUAAAGGUGCGGCUACGGAAGGUUUUGGUUGGGUCAAUGCCAGUUAUAUUCUCGGUUUGAAAUAUAUGAACAGCCAUGCAAGGAGAGCACUUGGUGCUUGCAUUCCCCCAGUUUCAUUUUUUAGCAGUUUGAGGCCUCAAGAAAGAAAUCUUUAUGGACUGUAA